GUAGCGAGAUCGAGGCUCCAUCCCAAACGAUCUUAAUUUAACGUCGCCAUAUUAUCGGCGGCCAGCGUUUUUCGCCGUCAAGCAGACAAGGCGUAGAUAGGGGGUCGGAACGCUCCCCUCUCGUGAAUUUUUUAAAUAUAUCUUUUUCUUUACCAUCUUCUUUAUCCGGAAAUACUUAGAAAAGGAAAGUAAACGCGUUUUAUAUCGUGGAAUUAAUCAUGUCUUGUUGAUCAUCCUGAAGAUGAAGAUCGAAAGUCGUCAUUCCGCAGGCUCAUUGCCAUUCGGAGUUCGUUAUUAUCGCUGUGGGGGCGCCGAAUUAAUUGUUUUUAAAUAUAAUAAUGGAGAAAUCGUCAAAGAAUACUUCGUCCGGUUCCAAAGGGACAACCAGUUCUGAUGGAAAAGCGAAACAAGAUGGCCCCAACAAAUAUAAUCGAACAUCUAAGCACAAGGAGAAUGUUUAUUCUCGUCCAGAACCAGCCAGAAGACCGAACCCUCAACGCAAUCGGAACGCUUACGACAAGAGACCUCGUUCUAGGAGUGGGUAUGCUACAGAUAGAGACAGGAGUGAGGUAGCACAGAUUGAAAAGUUUGAAGCGAUUUCUGCUAUCAAACAAGGAAGCAAAAAGCUUAGCCUGAAUCAUUUGCUGAACUUUACUAUUACUCCCCCAAGAGUUGCAAAUGAAUAUAGGUCUGGAAGUUGGCAAGGUGGUAGAAAUGUAAGAAAGCAAAAAUUGCCAAAGUAUAACAAAGAACAGUUCCUACAGGCCAAUUGUCAGUUUGUUGUAAAGGAGGAGGGGGAUUAUUCAAAUCAUGCAGAAGAUCCAGAUAAACUUGUGGAUUGGGAUUUAGUGGAGGAGAUUCAUUUACCCAGUCAUCAAGUACCUUCGUGUCCAAUUUGUCUGUAUCCACCUGUAGCUGCAAAAAUUACUAGAUGCGGCCAUAUCUACUGUUGGGCUUGUCUUUUACACUAUUUAUCGCUCAGCGAUAAAACUUGGAGAAAAUGCCCUAUUUGUUACGAGGCUGUUUACAAAAAUGAUCUUAAAAGUGUUGUAUCAACAUCUAAAACAACUUACUCUGUCGGAGACAACAUCACUAUGUGUCUUAUGAAGCGUAAACGUGGAUCCGUCAUUUCUAAGCCUGCCAAUCGGUUCUCGAUAUCAGAAAAUCCAAUUUCUCUCAACGAUGAAGCGAGCUGUUUCCAAAAAUUACUUACUGUGUCAAGAGGCGAUGUUGAAAAGAUUAUAAAUAGAGAAUUUAACGAACUGAGGACUCAGUUGUUAAAGGAUAAAGAUGUCCCGGAAGCAUGUUUUCUGGAAUCUGCACUUGAGUUACUGGAUGAAAGGAAGCAAUCGGUGAUGUAUACUGAGGUGAUUGAAAAGGACGUGUUUGAAUAUCUUACAUUGGAUGAUAAAUCUGAAACUUUAUCAAAUACAUUAAAUUACAAUUUUCAAGUUGAUAAUCAUCAGAUUGAAACUAUGAUGGAUCCUUUUGGUGAUGAAGAACAUGAAGAUAAUUAUUAUUCACGAUCUGAAAAUGCUAACAAAUAUUCUUCAGCUUUAAAUGAAGAACAGACAAGCAGCUCCGUUGACGAAAACGUAACUUCAGAUAUAAAUUUUUCAGAAACUUCUGCAAUACCUUCAAGUUCCCCCAAAAAUAAUUUGCAAAAACAAGUAAAAAACCAAGGAAAAGAUUAUUAUUAUUUUUAUCAGGCAAUCGACGGCCAACAUAUUUAUUUAAAUGCUCUUAACGUACAAAUGCUCGUGAAUUUUUGCUUAAUUUUGUGUUUAAAUUUUAUUUUUGAUUUUAUAAAAUAUCAAUUUAUUAUACUUCAAUUAAAAUUCAAUAGUGUUGUAUCAACAUCUAAAACAACUUACUCUGUCGGAGACAACAUCACUAUGUGUCUUAUGAAGCGUAAACGUGGAUCCGUCAUUUCUAAGCCUGCCAAUCGGUUCUCGAUAUCAGAAAAUCCAAUUUCUCUCAACGAUGAAGCGAGCUGUUUCCAAAAAUUACUUACUGUGUCAAGAGGCGAUGUUGAAAAGAUUAUAAAUAGAGAAUUUAACGAACUGAGGACUCAGUUGUUAAAGGAUAAAGAUGUCCCGGAAGCAUGUUUUCUGGAAUCUGCACUUGAGUUACUGGAUGAAAGGAAGCAAUCGGUGAUGUAUACUGAGGUGAUUGAAAAGGACGUGUUUGAAUAUCUUACAUUGGAUGAUAAAUCUGAAACUUUAUCAAAUACAUUAAAUUACAAUUUUCAAGUUGAUAAUCAUCAGAUUGAAACUAUGAUGGAUCCUUUUGGUGAUGAAGAACAUGAAGAUAAUUAUUAUUCACGAUCUGAAAAUGCUAACAAAUAUUCUUCAGCUUUAAAUGAAGAACAGACAAGCAGCUCCGUUGACGAAAACGUAACUUCAGAUAUAAAUUUUUCAGAAACUUCUGCAAUACCUUCAAGUUCCCCCAAAAAUAAUUUGCAAAAACAAGUAAAAAACCAAGGAAAAGAUUAUUAUUAUUUUUAUCAGGCAAUCGACGGCCAACAUAUUUAUUUAAAUGCUCUUAACGUACAAAUGCUCGUACGAGAUUAUGGCAGUUUAGAAUUCUGUCCUCACGAAAUUACAGCCAAAGUAGUUGAAUUAGAAGGCGUAUCAAUGAAUGAGUUACUUCGUCACCGUCUGCGAUAUUUAUGUCAUCUACCUCUGACUUGUGAAUUCCAAAUUGUAGAAUUGCAGAUGAAACCACUUAUUUCUCCUGAAGUAUUUGAUUCUUUUGCAGAUGAAUUAAACAAACGUGAUUUAAUGCGUAAACGUAAAGCAAAAGAAGAACGCCGCCGAGAAAGACACAUAGAAAGAGAAGAAAACAAGAGACUUGGAAAAUUUCCCGGAGUUAAAUAUCAUUUGGAUAGCAUGAGUCAUUUUCCAUCUUGCAGCAGUACAAGUACAAGUUCUGUAAAUCUUUGCACAAGCGAUGAUCCUCCGCUUUCAGUCUCUGCACCUGAAAAUCUUUCGGCAGAACAACUUCUAGCAAGCGAGACGUUUCUUACCGAUAAGAAAACCAACGACAUUCAAGCAGUCAAAAAUGAUAAUCAGCCAGCUUCAUUUGCACAGAUGCUACGAGAGGGGAAAACCAAGCCGCAAUCUGUUUCGUGCAGCCCUCCAAAGGAUCAAAAUAAAUUGGAAACUCAGAAGUCGACCGUAAGCACGCCGAACUCCGAAGAAGAUUAUUAUGAACCAGUUCCCGUACUCCACCGCCAGUCAAUUGGCGACGCGAUUCAAGCCGCUCUGGAUAACUUAAAUCAACAUAAUCCCAUUACAGAAAAUCAGGAAACUAAGAAGAAAAAGGGAAGAAAAACUCUGCUUUUCAGCACUUCGAUGAAUCGCAGGCAAUGAUUUGUUCGUUUCGAUGUCAGGUUUAAAAAAGUUAAUGUUUUCCUCUGUCAUAAAUUUCGCCGUUUGCUGAGAAAAAUCUGCUUUUUCAAAGAGAAGGAACAUGUGAUUUAAAUUAGUUUUGCCAAAGAUCGAAGUUACAUUGAGAACAAGAUUUAAAAUACAUAAUUUCUUUUCUGCUUGCACCAGACUUUACGCCACUCAGUUGCGCCAAGCUAUUGUAAAUAUUGUAAACUGUGAUGACAAACAUUAUUUUGAAUUUCUUUUAAUGUUAUUGGAAAAAACAAGCAAUAUUAUUUGUGUUUUUUUUUGGUAGAUGUUUUAUUUUUUAAUGCCUGUUGGCAAGAUUGUGCCUUUUUUUUCUUUUUUUUCCUUCCUUCCCCCUUAUGAUCCACACGGAUCAUUCCCCGGCAUCAGUGAAUUCAAAGUGUAUUCAUUCUUUGUAUAAAUAUAGAUCAAUCUCCAAAACAGAGAAUCAACUUAAAAAUUAUUUCCUUUAUUCUGUAGAGACCGAUUUCAAAGAAAUAAAAGCACAAUUCGAAAAAGCAAA